AUCUCCCAUAAGUCUUAGCGCCCAGGAGGCCGCCCUAGGGAACUUCAAGUACCGAAAUGCUCUCCAACCCGGCUCAGUGACUACCGCCGUGACUGAUGGGUCUUGUAGUCACACAGAAAUUGUCAGAUGACUCAAAAAACUACUCAUCCCAGGAGUACUCGGGUCAGAGGCGGGUUUCUCUCCUGUCUUUCUGCGCGCUCCUUCAGUCUUCCCUGGACUCCAUCUCCCGCCAUGCCUUGCGCUAAACUCCCAGUGGCGGAGAAUGGGGCCGUGGCCAAAGUGUUCUCUGGGAGUCGUAGUUCCAACAUUAGUGAGGCGAGGAGAAGGCGGAGUGACUCGGCGGCCAUUAGCUGUGUGUAGUUGCCCGGGACUAGGAGCAUAAGUGAAGAGGGAAGCCUUAUUCUGUGGAAAUCAACCGUGGCUAUGGGCUCCUGCCGGCGCUAGCCCUAGAGUACGGGGAAGGCAGACUUUUCGGUGUCCCGCCCCGCCCAGUGGCGGGGCCCACUAGGCCUCCGGGCAUCCUCGGUCUCAAGUAGGCCUCAUCUGCCGGCAAGGGCGCCCCAAAGGCGGGAGGCGCCAUGUCGCUGGUUGCUUACGCCAGCAGCGAUGAGAGUGAGCCGGAUGAGGCUGAGCCGGAGCCGGAGCCGGAGCCGGAGGAGGAGGACGAGGAGGACGUGGCGGUCCCUACAUCUGGGCCCACUUUAGGGGGCUUGUUCGCUUCUCUUCCUGCACCCAAGGGUCAGGCCUUGCUGCCUCCGCCCCCCCAGAUACUAGCCCCAGCUUUCCCCCCGCCGCUGUUGUUGCCCCCACCAACUGGAGACCCCCGGCUCCAGCCUCCUCCCCCCUUGCCCUUCGGUCUGGGGGGCUUCCCCCCACCUCCAGGCGUGAGCCCAGCUGAAGCGGCGGGAGUUGGGGAGGGGCUGGGAUUGGGGCUGCCCUCGCCCCGAGGCCCUGGCCUCAGUCUGCCCCCUCCUAUCGGCGGUGCCGGCCCCCCCCUGGGGCUUCCCAAGCCAAAGAAGAGGACAGAGCCCGUGAAGAUAGCGGCACCGGAGCUGCAUAAAGGGGAUUCAGAUUCCGAGGAAGAUGAACCCACAAAGAAGAAAACUGUCCUUCAGGGAUCUGGUGAGGGAACUGGUUUGUCUGCCUUGCUUCCCCAACCUAAAAACCUGACUGUGAAAGAGACUAAUAGGCUGCUCCUACCCCAUGCCUUCUCCCGGAAACCGUCGGAUGGCUCCUCUGACACAAAACCCACCAGACAGGCUUCUAAGACCAAGCCCUCUUCUCUUGCCCCUGUUGUGGGCACCACAACUACCACUCCAUCGCCCUCUGCCAUCAAGGCUGCUGCCAAGAGUGCUGCCCUGCAGGUGACGAAGCAGAUCACGCAGGAAGAGGAUGACAGUGAUGAGGAAGUAGCCCCCGAGAACUUUUUCUCCCUCCCUGAGAAGGCUGAGCCACCUGGAGUUGAGCCAUACCCUUACCCCAUCCCCACUGUUCCUGAAGAGCUGCCGCCAGGCACAGAACCCGAGCCAGCCUUCCAGGAUGAUGCAGCCAAUGCCCCCCUUGAAUUCAAGAUGGCAGCAGGCUCAAGUGGGGCCCCUUGGAUGCCUAAGCCUGGGGAGGACUACAGCUACAAUCAGUUUUCUACAUAUGGCGAUGCCAAUGCCGCUGGUGCUUAUUAUCAGGACUAUUACAGUGGUGGCUACUACCCCACACAGGACCCAGCCGUGGCCCCCCCACAGGAAAUUGCCCCAGAUGCCUCCUUCAUCGAUGACGAAGCAUUUAAGCGAUUGCAGGGCAAGAGGAACCGAGGGCGGGAGGAGAUCAACUUUGUGGAGAUCAAAGGUGAUGACCAGCUCAGCGGGGCCCAGCAAUGGAUGACCAAGUCAUUAACAGAAGAGAAAACCAUGAAGUCAUUCAGCAAAAAGAAAGGUGAACAGCCAACAGGCCAGCAGCGGCGCAAACACCAGAUCACAUAUCUGAUCCAUCAGGCUAAGGAGCGGGAGCUGGAACUGAAGAACACCUGGUCAGAGAACAAGCUCAGCCGCCGGCAGACCCAAGCCAAGUAUGGAUUCUAGGCUCUGGAACUGAGUGCGCCCAGGAUCUCCUGCAGCCUGGCUGUCCUGACCCCCAGCGUCAUUGCUGGGACCCCAGCUGCUCCAAGACCAGGAGGUCUUUUCCCUGAGGACCCAACCCUCGCCUCUGCGAGAAUGAACAUAUUUGAUAGAUUUUUCUUAACAAAUAUUAGAAAAUUCAGCUUCUUUCUGUCUUGGAGCUGGCAAAGACUGGAGUGAUGCCUCAGAAGGGGCUCAGAGUUCUUGGAUGGGAGUUCUGCUCCCUGUUGGGGUGAUAAGAUAUUGAACCCUUGUCUUUUUUUUUUUUUUUUUUAAACCAGGGAUGUCUGUUGAAAUAAAACAUUCAGUCUGACA